AUGUCGAAGGUGCCGCUCGCGGUGGGAACAGAGGCGGCCAUCGUCGCCGCCACCGGCACGGGUACCAUACCGGCGUCGCGCUUCCGCAUCCAUCGAUGUCGAAGUGCCUCCUCCUCCUGUAUGCUGCUAUUUCCACACCUCCCCGUGCGGUGGUGGCCCAACCAAAGCCCGCCCGGCCACCGGGCGCCGAGGGCCUCGUCCGACACCGCAGCGAACAAGGUCUGCACAUUCUACCAGAAAGGUGCAUGCUCGUAUGGUAGCCGUUGCAGAUAUGACCAUGUCAAAGUUUCUCGUAACCCCACAGUGCCACCACCACCCCCAACAUCAAGUGCUGCAAGACGUGUCACAUCUACUUCUCUUCAACUUUUAAGUUCCAGUCAACCUCACACGGGACACCAAACUGAUUCAAGCAACCAAAGACAUCAGAUAUCUGUGGAUGUGUUGGCACAUUCUGCCAGUAAGCCUGCAUGGAGAAAUGAUUUUCAACAUGACAUUGUUUCAGAUGAUGGAAUUGACUGGUCCUCUAAUCGAAAUUUGCUAAAUCAGACGUCAUUGAAACCUGCAGAUCUGCCUAUUUGUUCUUUUGCUGCUGCACUGAGGGCUUGCCCAAUAUGUCGGAAACUUUCAUACUAUGUCAUUCCAAGUGUUCUUUGGUACUUCUCAAAGGAAGAGAAAGAGGAGAUCACUGAAAGCUACAAAUCCAAGCUCAAGUCGAUUGAUUGCAAGUACUUCGACUUUGGGACUGGCUCAUGCCCCUUUGGAACAAGUUGUUUCUACAGGCAUGCCUACAGAGAUGGCCGCUUGGAAGAGGUUGUACUGUGGCAUCUUGAUGCUGAUGAUGGAAGUACAGUAAUUGCAAAAGAUAUCAGGUUAUCGGACUUCCUCAUUUGGAUGCAUCUUUAG